AUGCGGCAGUGGCGGAUCUUCAUGCAGAGGACUUCGUUGGUGAUGGUGAUGGACGGGUCGUUCUUGAUCGUCUCGAGCAAGUCUGAAAGUGCCUUGUGGUUCGCGGGCGAAGAUGAGAUGAAGGUGCGGGACGCCGAGUCGAUCGAGUUCCGGCACCGCCUGCUUGUCUUUCAGGGCUUCCGCGUUGUCUUUCCUGAGCCUCUGCGCCUCCUGAGCGCAGAAUCGUGUCCGAAUUGGGGCACGCAGAUCGCCAUACGCUUGCUCACAUCGGGCGCGUGCUACGAGACCCGGCAAGCCACCGGGGACGGAGGCCCAGCGGAUGCGAAUGGCGCGCGCAGCCUGGGCGGCAGCACAGGGAACACAGGGCUAGCGUUUGGAAGUGCCGUUGGCGCGGUGCGCUCGGCGUCCAGCACGCAGGCAGGCGGGGCGGCGGCGAACUCCAGGGCACAGCCGCAGGACGCCUCGGGCGCGGCGGCCGCGGAGGGGGAAGCCCUUCUCGCGGACACUUUCGCGGCUGGACCGACGGCCUUCGCGGUGCAGGAGCCGGACCAGCCGCCCAGGCCUUCGCUGCACGAGAGCCCCCCGCGCGGGAGCGCGUCCAGGCUCAAGGCGAUGUUCGAGCAGAGGGCGGCCGCGAACGCGUCGGCCAGCGCCCCUGCUGCAGACGGCCUGCGCACGCACCGCCGCACCUGCCCGCCGGCCAAGGGCAAGCUGCUGCAGGAUCUGCUCAAGGCCGACGAGGCGCCAGCGACGUCGCACGGGCGCCGCGACGCAGGAUUCGAGCGCGAGCCGCGCAUCCUUGCGAUGGCGGCGACCUAG